AUGGAUUCGCUCAAGCGAGACUAUGAGAAGGCCGCCUCGGCUUCAGAUAGUCUGAACGAGCAAGAGAUCUUGCAAAAUCUCAUUGACCGCCUGCAAGUCUUGCGUCAGCGUGUCACAUCUGAUCCCAAUGCAUUCGACAACAGUCUGGCAAGCCUGGCACAGUCUGUGAGAGCCAGCAACGCUAGGAUCGCAGAGAGGCAUAAAGAGUGGCAGUCGUCGCUCACCAGGCUCGGCAAGAAUAUUGACAAGAGAUUCACCGCAGACCUGACGCCGCUGUUACCCUCGGCACCGCCAGUGACACCUCCUGACGCGCCCGCUUUUGCGCCCGCUGCUCCUCUCGUAUCGGAUCUGACAGCCUUCAAUGCACAUGCAUCGACAAGCAGAAGCAAACAAGAUCCGUUUGAGCACAUGUAUUUUGCCUCUUGUGCAGAUCGCGUCAACACCGUUAUCGCUCAGCAUCUUCUGCGCCAAGGCCACUACCAUGUCGCCAAUUCGUUUUGCGUGGAAUCGCGCACGCCAUUUCCAGUCCAGUUCGAAGAAGCCUUUCAGAAGAUGCACGUGAUCGCUGAUGAUAUUCGCAAUGAGAACCUCCGAUCUGUCCUCGACUGGUGCCAGGCUCACGAACCAUUUCUUCUCUCUCGAGAUUCCGAUUUACUCUUCGUGACGCAGCGUUACAUUUUCGCACGUUUACUCUUCUCGGAUUCUGUCCCGUUACCGGACACGCUUGCGUUUGCUGUCUAUCCUGUCACACAAGACGCACAAGCUCAUUCAGUCAUACGACUCCCCACACGCGCUUCAGAUAAGCCUGCUAUAUCAAAUGGGGCUAGUCUUGCUCUCGCCUAUGCCAUGCGACAUUUCAAGCCACUUUACGCACGACACCACGCCAAGAUAGCUUCGAUGAUCACUGCAGCGCUCUUCACGCCGCUCGAGCGAUUGCUCAACUCACCUUACUACUCUACCUGGCUAGACGAGCUCAAAUCGGUUCUGCAAGAUGUGCCUCGAUCUGGAGCUACGCCUGCGCCCGCCGAGGCAGCGACAGGCAAGAAGCGGAGGGCAAGACCUGCACUGCAGAAAGUGGUUGACAUAUUCACAAGAGAAUACUGUGCGCGUUUGAAAGUCUCUCGAGACCUACCGCUUGUGGUCGCGACGGACAUCGGCGGAGGCGGAGCGCUUGCUCGAAUUGCAAAAGUGAGAAGCGUCAUGAAGGAGAAGCGCAACGAAUGGUCCCAGGUGGAAGAGCUGCCUAUCGAGAUUGCGCUACCCUCACAGUACCGUUUCCAUUCGGUCUUUGCCUGUCCGGUCUCCAAAGAGCAAGCGACCGAGGACAAUCCGCCGAUGAUGAUGCCUUGCGGCCACGUUGUGGCGAAAGAGUCCUUGAGUCGACUUUCCAAGGGAUCCGCUGUCUUCAAGUGUCCCUACUGUCCCGUGCAGAGUUCGGUCGCAUCAGCAACACGUGUACACUUCUGA